AUGGCCUCCGGGGAAUACACUUUUGCAGAUGGCCUCGAAUACAAAGAUAAAAAAUGGCAUUACUGUGACGGCUACGACAGGAGAUUUUACACAGAAAUCUGCUCUGGGCUGAAACCAGCAGGCAUUUCCCAGCUUACAAAUCUGGAUCCUCCCAGAAAGAUCCCAGAAGGAUGUUACGACUGUGGGGAUGGAUUCUAUAAUCCUGAAACCAGAGUUAUUAUUGACUACAAAUUCAGGUUUCUGAGAAAUGCAGGUAUGAUCAACUUCUGCAAGAUGAACUAA